AUGGCGUUAUCGUGGGUACAUUGCAAUAAUUGCUAUUUGAUUGCUACUGCUCAAAAUACUACCAAACAUGAGCACUUUGCACUUGCAAGCUGUGGACACAUAUUCUGCUCUACAUGUCUUGACAAGUGUGUAUCAGGAAAGAUGUGUACUGUAUGUGGUCAUUCACCUUUUAUUUAUGAAAGUGUGGGACGCCAUAUGAGUGAGAAAACAAAGAAGUAUUUCCAGACACCUAAUACUUUACUGGUAAAUGCCUUACGAAAAGUAAAUUCUGUCAUCAAAUUCCAGCAGAAUCAGUAUAGGAUAAUGCGAGAGAAUGUGAACAGCAUGCAUGGACAGAUAAAUAAUGUAGCUGAUCGAUGUAAGGAAACUGCAAAGAUGUGCAAUUUUUUGGAGAGGAAUGCAAACUCACUGGUGACUAAUAUACAGCACCAUUACGAAGUGUUACAGCGUUUGAAUAAUUCAUUUGCGGAUUGUACACAAAGCUUGAAAUAUUUUGGAGACGUCAGUGAUAAUGCCGACAAAUCAGGAUCAGUGGAUUUGCAACCCCAUCCAUCUCAAGGCAAUAACGAGCAGCUGAACAAAGAAAACAGUUUUUCGCUUGGAAGCGAACCUCUUAAUAGUGUGCCGUCGCUAGACGGACAAAGUUUAUCAAAUUUCAAUACGCCAAUCAAUAAGCUGUUCCUGCAUUGUUCCGAUGUCAACAGAGACUUCGCAUUGCCAUGUCAUCAAUCGAUAAAGACACCUGGAAAUUUGGCAGCCGUGUUCGGUGGUAAAGAUAGAAGUAAUGCAAUAAAAUCAACUAAACAUACUAGCAGCAACAAUCCAUACAUGCAUUAUAUAUCACAGAAGAACACUCAUUCAUUAGCAGUUGUUGAUAGAAACUUUACUUGUUCGGCAGCGACACAAGUUGAAAAGCAUGGGUUUAAUUUACACCAGUUGGGAAACAAAAGACGACCAAAAGUGCCAGAAAAUAUGCAGUUGUCACAAAGCAUAUUUAAAAUGGGAUCGACCAGGAGUGGAAUAUUUACUGUACGCGCACAUUCUCCUAGUCGUUCACCACCCUGCAAAAGCAGCCGUCGUGGUGAUAAUUAG